AUAAGAGUAACUGUAGCGUCAUCAAGAAGAAGAAAAAGGAGCGGAAACCGUCACCAGCUACUGUAAAAAAGGUGACGGAAGAAGUGCCGCCUGGUGGUAAUAGUCACGACCUGGUUUCUGUUCAGAGUGACGGAUAAAAUAAACUGUAUACGCCUAAGGUGUUUGGGAUUCCUAAUUAUGUGGAAACACUAUCCAGUACAUCCAGGUUCAAGUUAAGGAUCGUGGACAUCAAUUUCGAGAAACUUCUUAGCGAACAAAGCAAACUUUUUCAAGUAUUUGAGGCGUACGAAGAAACAAACCUUUUGCACAAGUCAUGUCUCGCCGAAGAAGCCGCAGCCAAUCACCUGGACGCUAUUCGCGCUCCUGCAGUAGUAACGAUCCCAGAGAUCUGGAGAGGAGGAUUUUUGUUGGAAAUUUGCCAACGUCUGACAUGGAAAAGAAGGAUUUGGAAGACCUGUUCAGCAAAUACGGGAAGAUAGUCGGCGUAUCCAUGUUUCGUGGGUUUGGAUUUGUACAAUUUGACCGUGUUGAGGAAGCCGAAGCUGCAAAGGCGGCCCAAAAGGGUCGAAUAUAUAAAGGUUAUAAAAUAGAUGUAAAUAUGGCAGUGGAACGACGGCAAGCUAAACCUCAAUCCCAGCAGAGCCCUCCACGAAGGCCCCUGUAUGGCGGUUACGGUGACAAAGACUCUCGGCCUCGGUCACGCUCACCUGUUUAUGGGCGCGAAGCACGUGAGCCGCGGGAGGGCCGUGAUGGACGGGAGCCACGAGAUGGACGGGAACCACGAGACACCCGCGAUGACCGGGAUUCAAGCAGAGAGCUGAGGCCCGGAGGCCACGCUCGAGAUGAUUAUCGAUACCGCACUUCAGUGAGUAGAGACAAGGACCUGAGGAGUGAACCACGGAAUGCUGCAUACAGCAGGGAAGAGUAUGACCGAUACUACCGCAGUGGCAGUGGGACCGACGACUAUUACCGGAGGAAAGAUGAGCCUUACAGGGACCCAUACAGGGAUCCCUGGAAUGGACGUCGUGAGCUUGAUGCUGCAGAGGAUCGAGCUCGACCUGAGGAGCGCCGGCGCAAUGAAUUGUAUCGCCAGUACUACGAGGAACUCCAGCGGCGCUACGACACUGAUCGACCUGUUGACUGCUCUGUGAUUGUUGUUAACAAAGCUCAAAAGGAGUAUGCUGAGACGGUUGGGAGGAAGGUCCGCGAUUUGGGCAUGGUGGUGGACCUGAUCUUCCUUAACACAGAAGUGUCACUAACUCAGGCACUGGAAGACGUGGGUCGAGCCCGUACGCCCUUUGCCAUCAUCAUCACGCAGCAGCACCAGGUGCAUCGGUCCUGCACUGUCAACAUUUUGUUUGGCACACCACAAGAGCAUCGAAACAUGCCGAUGCAGGAUGCGAUGAUGCUAGUUGCCCACAACUAUGACGCCUACAAAGUUGAAAACCGCGAAAAGGAACGCGAGGAGAUCGCCAGAAAGGCUGCGAAGAUGGCAGACGACGUUCUACUUCGAGAGGCUGACCGAGAGAACCAUCCUGUUUCUGUCCUUACUGCUGUCACGCUGCUUUCAGAGAACAGAUUCCUAACGCCAGAGGAGCUGGACAGUCUCAUUGCAUACCUGAAGGACAAAAGGGCCCGUCUGGUACGAAGUGCUGCAGAGCCUCUUUCAGCGGCAGUUCACGUUGCGCCUCCACCUGCAACAAUACACCAUGACGUUCCUCCCUCGGCCACAGGACUGCCCUCUUCAUCCCUUCCUACUCACACACCCACACAGGCCAGUCACCUCAGUCUAGCAGCUGCUUCAACCACCACGGCUACGCCAAACCACCAGCAGGAGCUCCAGGCUAAAAUUCUCAGCCUGUUUAACAGUGGUACUGGUUCCGUAGGUGCUAGUGGCACCUCCUCUAAUAGCUCCCAGCCACCGGCCUAUGGGUCUCUUGGUCCAUCUUCUCAGAACACAUCCCAUCCUGCCAUGACUGCUCCUCCCUCAGCUGCACCACAGAGUUAUGGCACCCCGCCAAGCCGUGUGCCAGUAGUACCAGUGGGUCAAAGACCGACAACCACUACGUCAAAUAUCAAUUUUGACAACCCAAGUGUCCAGAAAGCUCUUGACACACUCAUUCAGAGCGGACCGUCUCUCAACCACCUGGUAGGCGUUGCUGCUGCUGCUGCUUCAGCCUCUCAAGCGCAACCACAGAGACCAGCGCCUCCCUUGGGCCAGGUUCCUCCUAUGCCCAUGUAUCCGCGGCACUACUGACAGGUUGUAGUGAAUUUUACCUCUCCUCCUCCUGGUCCAACACCACAUCCUAUAGUACAUUUGUCGGUUAUGUAAACCAUAGGAACGUUUUGUGAAAGCUCUGAAGGUGUUUUUAACUUUUAUUCUUGGUUUGAUGUUCAGGUUAUUUAAAUUGAUAAGUUGGUCGGACUGUAUGAUGGUCUGUGUUUUCAAUGAUUAACCAGAACCUAAUUAGUUAGUUAACCAUAAAUUUGUGUUGCAUGUGUGAAGUUUUUGGUUCUUGAUGGACUGCAAUGGGUUAUUUUCUAACCAGUCUGUGUUUUAUAGUUUUCCAGAAUCUUAAUUUGUACAAUUGUUUUUCAUUGUUCAAACAAAGACAUCAUUAAAAACCCAAGACACAA